AAGUGUCAACUGUCAUGAGCGGUUAAGAGGUUACCUACUAAAUUCGUAAAUUGUAAAUGCUUUUAUAUAUAAAUAUUUUCGGCUAGUGUUAGUUCUUACUUUGGUAUAGACACUACUUGAAAACGGUAGCGAUGUCCACAGCCGGAAAAAUUAUUAAGUGCAAAGCUGCCGUUGCCUGGGAAGCUGGCAAGCCACUCUCGAUCGAGGAAAUUGAAGUAGACCCGCCCAAGGCCGGUGAAGUUAGAGUUAAGAUCAUCGCAACUGGAGUUUGUCAUACAGAUGCUUAUACCCUGUCUGGGAAGGACCCGGAGGGUGUAUUUCCUGUUAUAUUGGGACACGAAGGCGCUGGUAUCGUUGAAAGUGUUGGAGAAGGCGUAACAUCGGUGAAACCAGGAGAUCAUGUUUUACCUUUAUAUGUACCUCAGUGCAAUACUUGCAAGUUUUGUCUCAACCCUAAAACUAACCUAUGUCAGAAGGUGCGUGUCACACAGGGACAAGGAGUCAUGCCAGAUGGUACCCGAAGGUUCCGCUGUAAGGGCAAGGAGUUAUAUCAUUUCAUGGGGUGUUCCACAUUUAGUGAGUACACUGUCGUUCUAGAAAUUUCUCUGUGUAAAAUCUUAGAGUCUGCUGCCUUGGAUAAGGUUUGUCUAUUAGGUUGUGGAGUGCCAACUGGUUAUGGAGCUGCUAUGAAUACAGCUAAAGUUGAACCCGGUUCAAACUGUGCAAUAUUUGGUCUGGGAGCAGUGGGUUUGGCAUGUGCACUUGGAUGCAAAGCUGCAGGAGCUAAGCGUAUCAUAGGAGUUGAUAUCAACCCUGAUAAGUUUGAAGUUGCAAAGAAAUUUGGUGUGAAUGAGUUUGUCAACCCUAAAGAUUAUGAUAAGCCAAUCCAACAAGUCCUAGUGGACUUGACAGAUGGUGGAUUAGACUAUACCUUUGAGUGUAUUGGGAAUGUGAAUACAAUGAGAGCGGCUUUGGAGGCCUGCCACAAGGGAUGGGGUGAGUCUGUGAUCAUUGGAGUGGCUGGUGCUGGUGAGGAAAUCAGCACCCGUCCUUUCCAGCUUGUCACAGGACGUGUUUGGAAAGGAACAGCUUUUGGUGGGUACAAAAGUCGAGACAGUGUCCCAAAGCUAGUGGAAGACUAUGUCAACAAGAAGCUGCCAUUAGAUGAGUUUGUCACCCACAAGAUGCCUCUUACUGAAAUCAAUGAGGCAUUCCACUUGAUGCAUAUUGGGAAAUCUAUUCGUGCAGUUAUUGACUUCUGAAUUGUGUAAUUUACUACCUCAAUUUUUAUUAUUUAUGUAUAUUUGAUAUCAGUGCAUUUCAACAGUUUGUAAAACUGGAUAAAUUAUGUAUUUUUGAAAUACAUUGUAAUAAUUAA